UCACUCGAUGUAUUUGCAUUUCUCGAGACCUUCACAGUCAUGCGCAUGUUCAUGUCGAAUAUAGUGCGAGGGGAAUAAUAUUUUGGCUUUUUCGGGGGCCUAAAAUUAGCCGGAAAAUGCAUAAAUUAAAGUUUUCACAAAGGGACAAAGUGAAAAAAUUUAUAACAUUUACACAAACUGGAGAACAAACUGCAAUAUAUUGUCUGGCCCAAAAUGAUUGGAAGCUUGAUCUGGCAAGCGACAACUAUUUUCAAAAUCCAGAAGCUUAUUAUAAAGAACCAAAAAAUUCUGUUGACAAGAAGAAAUUGGAAAUGUUAUAUAACAAAUACCAAGAUCCCAGUGAACCCAAUAAAAUUACCGCGGAUGGUAUUAUGAAAUUUCUGGAUGAUUUAAAUCUCAGUCCUGAGAGUAAAUUAGUUUUGAUCAUUGCGUGGAAAUUUCGUGCUGAGACACAAUGCGAAUUCACUAAAGAGGAGUUUAUGAAUGGGAUGAUAGACGUGGGUGUGGAUAGUAUAGACAAGUUAAAAGCGCGUUUAGGUAGUUUAGAAAAUGAAUUAAGGGAUCCUCUAAAAUUCAAAGAUUUCUAUCACUUUACAUUUAAUUAUGCGAAGAAUACAGGACAGAAAGGUUUAGAUUUGGACAUGGCCAUUGCUUAUUGGAAUAUUGUAUUAGAUGAUAAAUUCAAAUUUCUUCAAUUAUGGUGUCAGUUCUUACAGGAACAUCAUAAAAGAUCAAUUCCAAAAGAUACAUGGAACUUACUAUUAGACUUUGCACUUAUGAUCAAUUCAGAUAUGAGUAAUUAUGAUGAAGAGGGUGCUUGGCCUGUAUUAAUUGAUGAUUUUGUAGAAUGGGCACAACCUCGAGUUCGUCAAUCUCUUUAACGUUAUUUUCUUUUUCUUUUUUUUUUUUGCAACACUCGUCUAGAUCAUUCAUCAUAUAAAUAA